ACGCAGUGAAGCGGUACGAAGGAAGGAGCCACGCAAGCAGCACAAACCGGCGACAAACGUUGAAUUGCGGUGCGACUACUGUAACGAGAGCCUGACGUCAUUCGAUGAGGAGACGAUUUCGUUGUGUCUGAUCGCUGUCGAGACGUUUUUGCAUCGGGAACCCGUCAUGGCGGCGCCGAUUCUCUUCUCACUGCUUCAUACUGUAACUCGGUUGAUUGACCACCCAAUCUAUCCAUGGCACGAUUCGGAGAUGUUCGUACCGGGAAAUUGUCGCAGUGUUGCCAAGCAAAUGCUACGAGUCACUCUUCAUCAGGUAGGAUGGCAGGGGAAGUUUCAGUGGAUGGGAUGCGCCAUUAUCCUGUCUGGAAUUUGUAGUGCAACUAUUCGGACAGCACCGCUUUCCGCACAGAUUUCGUUUUGGAAAGUUGCUCUCUGGAUUGUCACUGGCAGACUUCAGGAACUCUCUCCAGUCUACUUCAUCCAACUUCUUUUCGAAGUGAGUUUAUAUCCUAUUUUUUUGGAAUUCCUUGAAAUUUGGACCUCUUCUGAAACUCUCUCAGGACCUUUCCGAGAAUUGGCCUACCACGUCUCUCAACUACAAUGCGCAAUUUGGCCGCAUACAUCGUUGAAGUGCCAUCUGAUGCUUACAUCAACCAUUGGAGUACGCCAUCACUCACAUGGAGUCAUUUUUCAGGCGAUACAUACUCAGAUCUCGGUGGAAGGCGCAGCGAAGCCGUCACGGUCCGAAGUGGAGAGCGCCAUCGUCGUCAUGAGCCACGUGCUGAAAUCAGCUGUUUCUUUGGUGGACUCGUUCUGUAAAUGGCUCGCUGAGGCACUACACGAAUGUCCAGUGAAGCUGGAGAGCCUGCUGACAAUAUGCACAGCUUGCAAUAGAGCUCUAAUUCGGGAACGAGAUAAACAAAGCGUUUCCCGUGCUGUGGUUGCAGAAAUGAUUCAAGCCAUUAAAUUCAAAUGUCCCAUGCAUGAGGCGAACUUUAUCACCAUAGCACAUUUGAUCCUUCAAGAUGCUGGCGAAGACAUCGAAAUGAACAUACAAGACGAUCAGUUCAAUACGGCCGCUUCGGAGGCUGUGCGACCGUUCCUGUUCGAAAUACUCGACUUUAUCGCCGAUCUGCACGUGCUAGCUAAGCUCAAGAAAGAAACGAAUUCGGAUUCGGUUGGAGGAGAUCUGAAAGGUGAAGCUGGCAGAAGCGAUCGCCGUCGAAAUGAGUCGGUCGAAUGCUCGUGA